AUGGAAAGCAAACCAAAUUUCUUUUCUGUUUGUGUAAAACUCGUUCACAAUUCACCUAUUAAAAAGUUCGUUGAUAUCAUUUCAACGAAUUCUAUGGAAACGAAAGGUUUCAUUAAUGAAUCCACACCUAUUCCAAACAAAAUGACUCUCAUCACUGGAGGAUUUAAUGAAUAUAAUAAGAACACCAUAUAUUCCGAACCUUCCAUAACUUAUAUCAAAAUGUUUGAUAAUUUCUUUCAACCAAAAAUUUCUUAUGAAUCACGUAAAAUGUUAAUUCCUGAACUUGAACAGGAUGCAUUACUUUCGGAAUACAUGCGAGGGUGCGAUUAUGUCAAAAAAGAAUAUAACUUACUUGAAGCAAGAGAUUUUAUGAUGACUAAAAAAUUACAAUUCCUUUUGGAUAAUAUGAAUAUCAACAUAGAAUUGUUGUCAAAAAAUUUUAACAGAGAUCCUCAAUAUUUGGAAAAAUAUAGAGUUGUUAUUGAGGAAGCAGGGAUCGAGUAUGAUUGCGCAGUGGGAUUUUUCUUAACUAAGAAUGUUGAAGCAGUUGAUUCUGUUGAAAACAAUGAUAUGUUUAUGUUUGAACGUAUAGAAAUCCCAGAGACCGAUGUCUCUAGUUUAGGCUGUCCAAAGAUCGGAAUUGAGGAUGACUUUGGCUCUUCUUGUGGUCGGUUAUUAUUACAUUUAAAUCUUUGGAGAAAGUUUAAACGUGGAUUGAAACGAUUUAAGGAAAUAGAAAAGAAGAGAGACCAAAUCUAUUUGGGCAAUAAUAUGAAUGCCUUCAGAUUCUACAAAUAA